GUGCCUUCAUAUAACGCUUACCUUGGUAGCUUUGAGAUUUCAAUGACAUGAAAGUGCGCGAGAGGCCUGAUCUGGCCAGUUUGAAAAUAAUACAGGAUUGUACAUUGUGAAACAUGGAUCCAGACAUUGUGAUUAGUUAUGAUAUAAAAGACCUUCCAUUUGUGGAAAGACUAGCUGCUGAACUAAAACCUUAUGACUGGAAAGUUUGGUAUGACAAGCUGCCCAGCUCUAUAAACUCCACUGUUGAGUAUUCAACCUCACAACGUGGACAGGCUGUGGUUAAAUCAAAGAUCUUUCUGAUGGUUCUGUCUUUGGAUUCCAUUGAGAAUGUAACCUGCCAGAAUGAACUGGCCUUGGCCUACGUUACCAAUUCUAUAAUCAUUCCUGUGGCUCGUAUCGACAAUUUCAAAGAACUUGGUGACCACCUCAACUCAGGAAUGAAACUGAUGCUGUCAAAGUUGAAUUGGUGCUUCUUUGGCAAAAGCGACAACUUUGAUAAGAAGUUCAAAAUCCUCAUCAGCAGCAUCAAGGCUGACAUGUACAAGAUCGCUCCAAUGCGCUGCUUUACGAAGUCUUCAUCAAGCUCACCAAACUCUAGCAAGUUUGCCACACUUUUUCGACAGAACUCUGUGAUUAAAGAGAGUACAGUGUUGAAGACUUACAAAGAUACCGAUUCGGAUGACUCGGAUUGCCACAGCGAUCUGGAAGUGGAUUCUAACUUCUGGGACCGCCACUUCCCCUGUGAGACCAGCAUCAGUUGGGACAUCUUCAAACAGUGUUUCCUUGUGGACUACGAAGAACAGAUCUCAUCAAAGUAUUCUUACAGCAAGCUCGCAUUCUUCAUCAAUAUGAUUUUUCGUGAUAUAUUUCACUGCGAGCAGAAACUGGACCGAGAGGUUUUCAAUCAGUUCUGUCAGAAUGAGAAUGGAGAUUCGGAAUCAUUCUAUAACAAACUACAACAGUAUGCUGUGGGAUACCAUGCCAUGAAACAAGUAUUCAACAUGGACAGCCAACAUCGGUUAACUGCUAUUGAAAAUCUCGGUUCCUAUUCCUCACCUGCUGUUUUACACUUUCUGGAAGAUAUGUUACAUGAAUCUGACCCAAAUAUUCGUGCUGUUGCAACCAUCGCCCUGGCCAAAGCAGGUAAAGGAUCAAAGAGAGAAACUGCAGAGAAGAUACUUCCAAUGCUCCAAGACAAGGACCGGAUAGUAAGAGAGAGCGCCGUGCUGUCUUUGGGUAAACUGAAGGACCGUAGCUGUGUGAAAGCCAUCAUAGAUCGCUGGUAGGUUUUGUUGUUGAACUU